AUGGAUUUCCCCAGUGAUAUUGAGAUGAUUGAAAAACAAAAAACGGUGCAUGCAGGUAAGUCUUAAUACGAAUUAUAUGAGUUAUGAAAACGAAUAAGUUCUGCAGCAGAAAUGGAAAUCAAUUCGGAGUCACAAUCAAGUGAGAAUGAGGCGAAAACGAAUUGGAGACUGAUAAUAGUGACUGGAAUCGUUUCGGGUUUGAACGCCGUCGAGAAUUCGGUGAUUGGAAUGGGAGAAUGGCCGUACAUGAAAGAAGUGAGUCACUUCUUUCAAGUAUGAGCUCAACUUGAAACCAUUCAGAUUGAUAAUGAUGCGACUGCUCAGUUCUUUGGUUUUUCUCAGUCUGCCGCCAAAUGCGGACACGCGAUUUUCGCCUUGCUCUUCUCUAUUUGGAGUUAUAAAUCAAGAUCUGUCAAGUGAGAGAAUAUGAGAAUAGUUUAAAAAAGAACAAAUAAACUCAGGAUCCCAAUGCUGGCAAGUCGUUUGAUCGCGAUUGUCGCGUGUUGCAUCUACCUGAGCAUCGAGUUCUUUCCUUCCGGAAAACGGUACACUCUCAUGACCGUCUACAUCCUUUUGAGUGUUGCCAAUAGUCAGUAGUUCGUACUGCUCUCCAAUUCUCAACAUUUCCGUGCUUCAGGUGCUUCCACGGUCCUUCGCGGCUACAUUGUCAUGAUAUCUUCCAGUCAGGACAGAGCGAAGGCGUUUGCGAUCAUUGGUCUUUCAGCUAUCACUUCAAUUGUCAUCGGUCCAGGUAGGAUACUUCAUAUUUCACUUAUUUCAAAUAUUGUCAAUUUUCAGCCCUGCAACUCUUGUUCAGCGGUAUCGUGUAUCCAGGCUACGAAGUCGUUCCGGGCAUCCGGUUCCACAUUUUCUCGGUUCCCAUUUGGUGUUCUCUCAUUCUCACCGUCAUCACCGCCGUCAUCAUCUGUGUGUAUAUGGACGACGUGCAUCGCCGUGUUUCAACCGAAAACCAAUGUGACAGUGGCAGCAAAAAACAGUUGAUCUCGAUCGAAAUAAUCAAAGAAACGGUAGAAAAUCUGAGGAACAGUGGCCUAAACUGGAGACUCAUCGGAGUUUGUCUGUUCGUCAAGAUCGCAGUCACCUUCUUGAGCGCUCUUUUGGGAUCGUAAGUGUUGAAAUGGGGUUUUUGUCUGAAGAUGAACGAACAUAUUUAGAAUCAUGUCAAUCAUCUUCAUGGUUCUGUACGGAUGGACCGGCUCGGAAACGGUCCGUCUUGGCUCCACUUUGAUGAUCGCUUUCGGAGUGAUCUCCUGCACUGUCCUCUUCCUCUACAUCUUCUGUCGAUUGGGAGAAAUGUACUGAAGUGUCUUUACUUCUCAACUGAGUUAGUCUUCCCAUUUUCAGUCUUCGCCAAGAGAAGGUGUUCGUCGCGUGCGUUUUUGCAGUCGGCACGUUUUUCGUCGUCACGUACCCGUUCGACUUCAACAGUCAACCAGUGGCUCCGUACAAUGCGACAACGCGCGCGGGCUGUAAUCCGGCAGAAUACGCGUGGUGCGAGGGUUCGCUGGCCGUCAAGCCCAACUACUUCAUGUACGCGACAGUGCUCUUCUUCGCUCCCUGCUUGCCAAUGAUGCACACGGCUCUCGAUACUGUCUAUUCACAGAUUCUCGGCAACAUUGAUCAAAACGUGGCUCACGGCGCUAUGACGGUCGUUGACGACGUCGUCUUCAUGAUCACUCCAAUCUUUACAACGUAAACAGGAGAAAUGCUCAUUCUAUGCACAGAGUUUCUUCAGAACGAUAUUUACUCUUCUCGGAAUUGGACCUUUGUGGAUCAUGAAGGCGGCAAUGUUCUUCUUCAUUGCAACCGUAUGGCUCUUCCAUAUCAAACAAAUCGGUGAAGCUUUAUGA